AUGGCAGCCGCCUCUUUCCGCUACGGCGUGACCAUCACUGGGGCCGUGCUGCUGGUGACCGGGACGCUGUGCUUUGCCUGGUGGAGCGACAGCGAGGUGGGCACCUCGGCCGGCAGCGGGGCUCACCUCCUGCCUCCCCGGGAAGCCGAGGCCGUGCCCAGCUCCUCCUCCGCCUUGCUCCGCUCCGUCAGCUUCUUCUGCUGCGGCAUCGGCGGCAUCCUCCUCCUCUUUGGUCUCCUCUGGUCCGUGAAAGCCAACACCAGGGUGGUCUCCCGCCGCUACCAGUACCACUUCCCCAGGGACCUGCAGUACUUCAGCGCGGAGCCUCCGGAGAAGUGGAACCGCAGCACUUGGGACUCCAGCGCCAUCCCCACCUACGAAGAAGCCCUGACCUGCCGACCUGCCCACGCCCUGGGCAGGACCGGGCUCGACGUGCAGCUGAUCCUCAGCCCCUGGCAGCCUCCGGAGAAAGAAACCACUCCUCGCCUUACCCCGGAGGUGUGCUCAGCGGGUGCAGCCGCGGGGAAUCGGGCUUCCCAGUGUCUCUCCCACCUGGUGCCCAUGGCCGAGGAGAAGAGCUUUCGCUACGGCUUCAUCAUCCUGGGUUUUUUCCUGGUGAUGACGGGGAUGUUCAUCAUGAGCGUGGAAAAACCCCAGAUCUACAUCACCUUCUGCGCCCUGGGCGUCCUGCUCGUAGCCGUGGGCAUCAUCUGGAGCAUGUGCCAGUGCUACCCGAAGGUAGGGGCCGGCCGGCCACUGCGCGCCUCGGGGUCUUGA